AUGUUGGGUUGGUACAUCCCACUGCCUCCCAGUACAUCCCACUGCCUCCCAGUGCUGCCCAGCACAUCCCAGUACAUCCCACGGGCUCCCAGUCCCUCCCAGUCCACCCCAGUCCAUCCCAGUCCCCCUUGUCCCUCCCAGUGCCCCCAGUCUCUCCUAGUCCCUCCCAGUCCCCCCCAGUCCAUCCCAGUAUAUCCCAGUCCCCCCCAGUCCCCCCCAGUCCCUCCCAGUCCAUCACAGUCCAUCCCAGUCCCCCCUAGUCCCUCCCAGUCCCUCCCAGUCCCUCCCAGUCCCUCCCAGUCCCCCCUGUCCCCCCAGUCCAUCCCAGUCCCUCCCAGUCCAUCCCAGUCCCUCCCAGUCCAUCCCAGUCCAUCCCAGUCCCUCCCAGUCCAUCCCAGUCCCCCCAGUCCCUCCCAGUCCCUCCCAGUCCCUCCCAGUCCCUCCAGUCCCUCCCAGUCCCUCCCAGUCCCUCCCAGUCCCCCCAGUCCAUCCCAGUCCCUCCCAGUCCAUCCCAGUCCCCCCAGUCCCCCCCCAGUCAAUCCCAGUCCAUCCCAGUCCCUCCCAGUCCCCCCCAGUCCAUCCCAGUCCCCCCAGUCCCUCCCAGUCCCUCCCAGUCCCCCCAGUCCAUCCCAGUCCCUCCCAGUCCCCCCAGUCCAUCCCAGUCCGCCCAGUCCCCCCCCAGUCAAUCCCAGUCCAUCCCAGUCCCUCCCAGUCCCCCCAGUCCAUCCCAGUCCCUCCCAGUCCAUCCCAGUCCAUCCCAGUCCCUCCCAGUCCCCCCAGUCCCUCCCAGUCCCCCCAGUCCAUCCCAGUCCCUCCCAGUCCAUCCCAGUCCCUCCCAGUCCCCCCAGUCCCCCCAGUCCCUCCCAGUCCAUCCCAGUCCAUCCCAGUCCCUCCCAGUCCCUCCCAGUCCAUCCCAUUGACCCCCCAGCUUCGCAGGGCUCCACAAGAACACCCAGACCAGCAGGACAAGGGGGUAAAUCCGCUGUUACAGCACAAAGGGCGAGAAACCGGGGGGGCCCAGCGGCGAGGGGCUCCCCAAGCCCCCCCACUUUGGGCUUGAGCUGUGGGGGCAGCGCCCGGUGAGAGCCAAGUCCUGGAGCCACCCGGAGGACACCAAUGAGCAGCCCAUGGUCACCCCAUCAUGUCACAUCUCCAGGACCACAGACCCAAGUCCUGGAGCCACCAGGCUCUUUAGGGACAUCAACCAGCCGUUCAUGGUCACCCCCAUCCAUGUCACAUCUCUGGGACCAUGAGCUCCAUCCUGGAGCCACCGGGCUCUUCAAGGACAUCAGCCAGCAGCCCAUGGUCACCCCAUCCAUGUCACAUCUCCAGGACCACGAGCUGCAUCCUGGAGCCACCAGGCUCAUUGGGACAUUUAUCACCAUCUUGUCUUCACCCCCAUCCAUGUCCCAUCUCCAGGACCAUGGACCCAAGUCCUGGAGCCACCAGGAGGACAUCAAUGAGCAGCCCAUGGUCACCCCAUCCAUGUCACAUCUCCAGGACCACGAGCUGCAUCCUGGAGCCACCGGGCUCUUUAGGAACAUCAACCAGCCGUUCAUGGUCACCCCCAUCCGUGUCACAUCUCCAGGACCACGGACCCAAGUCCUGGAGCCACCAGGAGGACAUCAAUGAGCAGCUCAUGGUCACCCCAUCCAUGUCACAUCUCCAGGACCACGAGCUGCAUCCUGGAGCCACCAGGCUCUUUAGGGACAUCAACCAGCCGUUCAUGGUCACCCCCAUCCAUGUCACAUCUCCAGGACCAUGAGCUCCAUCCUGGAGCCACCGGGCUCUUCAAGGACAUCAGCCAGCAGCCCAUGGUCACCCCAUCCAUGUCACAUCUCCAGGACCACGAGCUGCAUCCUGGAGCCACCGGGCUCAUUGGGACAUUUAUCACCAUCUUGUCUUCACCCCCAUCCAUGUCCCAUCUCCAGGACCAUGGACCCAAGUCCUGGAGCCACCAGGAGGACACCAAUGAGCAGCACAUGGUCACCCCAUCCAUGUCACAUCUCUGGGACCAUGAGCUCCAUCCUGGAGCCACCAGGCUCUUUAGGGACAUCAACCAGCCGUUCAUGGUCACCCCAUCCAUGUCACAUCUCCAGGACCACGGACCCAAGUCCUGGAGCCACCAGCAGGACAUCAAUGAGCAGCUCAUGGUCACCCCCAUCGUGUCACAUCUCUGGGACCAUGAGCUCCAUCCUGGAGCCACCGGGCUCUUUAGGAACAUCAACCAGCAGCCCAUGGUCACCCCAUCCAUGUCACAUCUCUGGGACCACAGACCCAAGUCCUGGAGCCACCAGCAGGACAUCAAUGAGCAGCCCAUGGUCACCCCAUCCAUGUCCCAUCUCCAGGACCACGAGCUCCAUCCUGGAGCCACCGGGCUCUUUAGGAACAUCAACCAGCCGUUCAUGGUCACCCCCAUCCGUGUCACAUCUCCAGGACCAUGGACCCAAGUCCUGGAGCCACCAGCAGGACAUCAAUGAGCAGCUCAUGGUCAUCCCAUCCAUGUCACAUCUCCAGGACCAUGAGCUGCAUCCUGGAGCCACCGGGCUCUUUAGGGACAUCAUCCAGUAGCCCAUGGUCACCCCAUCUGUGUCACAUCUCUGGGACCACAGACCCAAGUCCUGGAGCCACCAGGAGGACACCAAUGAGCAGCCCAUGGUCACCCCAUCCAUGUCACAUCUCCAGGACCACAGAGCCAAGUCCUGGAGCCACCGGGCUCUUUAGGGGCAUCAACCAGCCAUUCAUGGUCACCCCAUCCAUGUCACAUCUCUGGGACCACAGACCCAAGUCCUGGAGCCACCAGGAGGACAUCAAUGAGCAGCCCAUGGUCACCCCAUCAUGUCCCAUCUCCAGGACCACAGACCCAAGUCCUGGAGCCACCGGGCUCCUCCAACAUCAUCUCAC